AUGAACGUCCACGCCGCUUCGCUCAACAUACACGCCGACUCGGAGGCGUCCUCGACUGCCAGGAGCUUCACUGCCAGUGGCGGCGCUCAGGCCCCCUCGGCGUCGGCGUUUCAAAGCGGCACCCCGGCCGCCCUGCGUCGCCGCACCGACCGCGAGUCAUCGGCGGAUUCUUCCUCUUCGGAAGAGUUGAUUUCGUACGGCGAUAAUACCGCCGCCGAGGAACCUGUCGCUGCGGGCAACAUCAUCCAUGGUGUACGCACGACCCGUCAAAAGGUCGACCGCAGGCCUUUAAGUGACUGGGUAAGCCUUCUCUUUCGACGCUCGCGCUCAGCAGCCAUCCGUUUCGUCUCAGGGGCCCCUCCAUCCGUUUCGAGAACCUUACCUGGGCAGCUUUCAGCCGGCACACUGGCUCGCGAAAACAACAUCCGGAUUACUGACGUGUUCGAUUGCAUCUACCACACGACGUCGCACACCAUCGACAACUCUACGUGGCCCUGAAUCCCCCUCACUCGCGCGCGUCAUUGGCCGCGCUUCAGCACCUCAAACCGUUCCGGGAGAUGACCUGGGCCGAACGCCUCUGCAAACUCGCUGCCGCCCCCGAGCAGGUCCACGAACUCGUGCCGGAGACUGUCGACCGAGGACCGAUGCCGACGAACCCUUGGUGGAACGACAACAUCUUCAUCAUCUCGCGUGCCAUGAUCGCGCCCGUGAUCCAGCACACGACCCAAAGCUACUUUAACAUCACGUGGAACCCUGUGGCGGCUUACUUUUUCUACGUCUUCAUCUUUAUCGAGUUUGCUCGCAUGGUCCUCGAUCGCUUGAACGGAUUUUCGAUUCGGUUUGGCUCGCUCGACGAGAAAAACUGUGGGCGCGACCGAACCCCUAAUGCGUCGGUCAACAAUCUCGCCCUGGGCGUCGUGGGUGAGUCCCAGCAGAGUGGCUCUGAGAAUUGGCCUUGGUCGCUCAUGCCCUCCUCUCCUUCCGGCAGCGUACAUGUUCAUCCGACCCCUGUUCACCUUUUUGCUCGCCUACGACAAGACGCAGCAACCGCUCGACAUUAUCCGCUGGUCGUACCCCUUGCGCUUAAUGGCCUGGCAACUCACCCUCGAUUAUCUUUUCUACUGUUACCAUCGUCUCACCCACGAGGUCGACGGUCUGUGGUGGGUGUGAGUCGAGCACCUUUUCUCUUUCCUCAGUUCUCCUUGUCGAAUCCGCUUCGCUGCUGAUCGCUUUCGCUUUGUCCCACGGCAUGGACGAACACAGACACAAGCAUCACCACAGCACCAGGCAUCCUACGGCAAUCUUGUCGAUCCUUGUAAGUCGCGUUGGAUUCCUCCUGCGCUCCUUGCAACGUGGUCUGACCCUAGAGAGUUCCCCGGCCACAGGCGGAGGACUACCAAGAAGUGCUCGAGAUCUUCAUCCUCCCAUUCCUCGCCAGUCUGCUCUGGCGUCAAACCUUCACCGAACAAUGGAUUACGCUCUGCUAUACCCUGGUGAGUAACCCCCCUAACCCCUCUGUGCUCGCGGCCCAGCGCUCGGGUUCGACUCAGCUCCACGGAGUCAUCGUUUCUUUGAUGCAUUAUUGACAUCUUGACAUCUGAAUCGUGCAGAUGGUGGAGAUGCAAGGGCAUAGUGGUGUGCGCAUGCUCUGGCAUCAUCCCACAUUAUUCUGGUUGAAGUAUUUCAACUGCGGUAAGCUUUCACUGCCAGAACCCUUUUAUUGGCGGCCACCCAAAGCACACUAAAGCCCGAGGCGAAGGAGAGCUGAUGUCGUGCAUGCAUCUAUUCUACAGGGUUGGUACUAGAGGACCACGACCUUCAUCAUCGCAUGGGUCGAUCGGGACGGUCAGUUUCAUCAUAUCUUCCCUAGUUCUCUUCCGUUCAGGUGACGGAAGGCUGACGAUUGCCGGCGCUUGGCGAUGUCUGCAGAAACUACGGCAAGCAAUCUCGCGUCUGGGACAGACUUUUCGGUACAUCUACAGAACGCAUCGAAACUUACGGGAUGUUUUGA